AUGGAUGGUUAUGGAGGUGAAGGCAGUAGUGGAGCUUCUUCCAAGCUUCAGGGUUUCAUACCAGUCGGCGCAAAUCCUACAGGGGAUGCACUAUUUGACGCUUCACAAUAUGAAUUUUUCGGUGGCAAUGUGCUGGAGGAAGUUGAGUUAGGGGGGUUAGAAGACGGUGAGGACGAUCUUGCCCCUGCUGGCUUCGAGGAAGAAGAGUUUCAGUUCGACAAGGAAGAGGAAGAUGGGUUGGGAUCUCUAUCUGAAAUUGAUGACCUUUCAAGUACAUUUUCUAAGUUGAACGAAGUUGACAGUAGGCCAACUAGUGCAGGAGUUAGUAAAGACUGUGGAUCCAGAGAAAGUUCGUCUGCCUCUGAGCUGGCACAAGACCUGCAUCUCGGUAAUUGGUCAGAUCAGCGUGCUUUCGAUGCUGAAACACUUCACGAUAGCAAAAACUGGUCCUCACAUCCAUAUUCCAUGCACCACUUUGUGGAACCCGGUUUGUUGCAUAGGACAUCUUCAUACCCUCAACAAGAGCAGCAAAAACUACAACACCGCCAUUCAACCAAACCGAUUCUUAUUCCCAAUUCGCCCUUCAUUUCGUACCCACUUCCUGGAGGAAGAUCCCAGCAAGCCUCACCCAGUGGACUGUCUAAUAUUCCCCAUCACCCCAAAUUUGUGGGGCCCACUAUUUCUUCUAUAUCCAAUUUGACUCAGUUACCUCGAGGUCUCCCACUUCAUAACGGUCAACACCAAAACCAACGGGCAAACCAAACUAGCUUAUUAUCUCCAGGAAAUCAUCUUAACUUCCCGAACAAUUUUCCCGGUCAGAACAGUUUCCCGCAGGUGAUGCCAUCUCAGCAAACCGUAAUCCCACUUCGAGUUCAUCCGCCCAUUGCCCAUUUGCAGGCCCAGUUACUCCAGCGGAGUAGCCAUCCUGCUCUUCGUUAUCCCCAUCGCGGCCCUCACGGCCCACCAAGGUUCAAGUCGAAAUACAUGUCAGCAGGCGAGAUUGAAAAUAUGCACAGGAUGCAGCUACUGGCUACCCACAGCAACGACCCCUACGUCGAGGACUAUUACCAUCAGGCCAUUCUGGCUAGAAAAACAGCCGGUGCCAAAUCGAGAAACCAAUUCUGUCCAAGUAAUUUGAGAGAAGAAGAUUCUUCGAAACCUCACCCAAACAACGAACCCCACCCUUUCCUCCAAGUCGAUGCUCUCGGACGGGUCUCCUUCUCCUCCAUUCGCAGGCCUCGACCGCUGCUCGAAAUCGAAAAUUCCUCCAAUUCACCUAAUAAUCCCGAGUCGAAAAUUCCCGAUAAGCCCUUAAUACAAGUGCCGAUGCUGGCGGCCAGGGCAGCCAUCGAGGACGGGAUAUCCCUCCUGCUCGACGUGGAUGAUAUCGACCGAUUUCUACAGUUCAAUGAGCUUCCGGAUGGUGGGGCCCAGUUGAGGCAGAGGAGACAGGUCCUUCUAGAAGCUGUAGCUUCUUCAUCCUUUCAGCUGGUCGACUCGUUAGCCACAACCGGGCACACCGUGAGUUUAGCACGCAGCAGGGACGAUUUUGUCUUUUUAAGUCUGGUCUCUCUCCCGAAGGGGAAAAAGCUCCUCGCGAGAUAUCUCGAGCUUCUGAAUCCGGGCGAGCUCGCCCGAGUCGUUUGCAUGACCGUGUGCCGUAAUCUGAGGUUCUUAUUUGAAAAAACCACCGCACAUUGUGAAAUAUCAAUGGUAAUAACCCGAAACCUUGCAGAGGCCGUCUCGAAUUGCAUGCACCGUACGGAACUGAAACCCCUGGCCGCGUGCCUUGCGUCUGUAGUUUGUUCGUCUGAGCACCACCCUCCUCUCCGCCCGGUCGGGCACUCCUCGGGUGAUGGGGCUUCGUUGGUUUUGAAAUCCGUGCUCGACAGGGCCACCGAGCUUCUGACGGGCCCUCGCGCGGCAGAAAACUGCUCCGACCACCACAGAGCGUUCUGGCAGGUCUCGUUCGAUGCGUUUUUCGAGCUGCUGACGAAAUACUGUUUCAGCAAGUACGACACGUUCGUGCAGUCGUUCCAGCAGUCACAAGGCGCGGUUAAUGGUGGUGAUUUGGGUAAUGCGAUUGGUAAAGAAAUUCCGGUCGAACUGUUGAGGGCGUGCCUUCCUCAUACGAGUGAGCAGCAGAGGAAGUUGCUGUUGGAAUUCGCACGGCGGUCCGUGUCUGCAACGGGUUUCAAUGGUGGCUCGUGA